AUGGAUGUCUCCGAGAGCUCAUCUUUGGCUGCCGGAGCCUAUGAGUACGAUGUUUUCUUGAGUUUCAGAGGCUCUGAUGUGACACUAGGUUUUGCCGAAGUCCUCUUCCACGGCCUCAAGAAUGCAGGGGUUCGCGUCUUCUGGGACGGUGAGGGGCCUGUCCAGGGAGAUUUUCUCCCUGAUGGUCUUCUUCAGGCAAUCAAGCGCUCUAGAAUCUUCAUCCCUAUCUUCUCGAAAGAUUAUACUUCCAGUAGGUUUUGCCUCGAGCAGGUCGUAGGAAUGCUGGGGUGCCGGGAACGAGAGGGCCACAUGGUCAUCCCGAUAUUCUAUGAUGUUGAUCCAAGCGAUGUAAGAAAGCAGAGGGGGACCACUGGGGAGUCUUUCGCACUACAUGAGAAACGUGGAGUCGACCCCGAUAGGAUUCAGACAUGGAGGCAGGCUCUUCAAGAGGUUGCGUCCUUGAGCGGCUGGGAACUACACGAUAAUGAUUUCAAGAGAUUCAGCAAGUUUGUUGUAAGUGCAACUCUAAACAAGCUUAAGGGAAAACAUGAAAAUGUCCUAGUUGGAUUGCAUGGUCAAGUAGAGGAGCUGAAGAGGGCGUUAGAUCUUGAAUCUAGAGAUGUGCUGUUUGUGGGUAUUCAUGGAAUUGGUGGUAUUGGUAAGACGACUUUGGCCAAAGCCGUUUUUGACCAACUCUCCGCUCACUUUGAAGGCUACAGCUUUCUCAGAGAUAUUCGAGAAACAUCAAAAGACAAGGGUCUUAAAUAUUUGCAGGAUCAACUACUGAGAGACAUACUUGGUGCUGACACUGAUUAUGGAACCAGGAUAUUAAGCCAUAGGUUUCUCGAGAAGAAAGUUCUUAUUGUUCUUGAUGAUGUUGAUGAUCGGCGGCAGAUCAAAAAGCUAGUCGGAAAGUCUAGUUGGUUUGUUGCAGGAAGCAGGAUCAUUGUUACAACAAGGGAUAUUAAGGUGUUGGCAGUUGAGCAUGAAACAAGAGACGGACGCUUCGAGGAGUGGCCUGACGAAGUUCGGCUUUUUAAAAUGGAUGGAAUGAAAUCCAGUGAAGCUCUUCAACUUUUCUGUAGCCAUGCUUUUGGAAAAGUCCUUCCUCCUGACGACUACCUAAGUACAUGUGAGCAAGUUGUUUCUGCACUACGUGGACUUCCUUUGGCCAUUGAGAUAAUAGGUUCAUCCCUAUAUCGCAAACCUGAAAAUGUAUGGAAGGCUACAAUGGAGAAAUUGGAGAACCCACCUGAUCAAGAACUUCACUCAAAACUGAUGAUCAGUUAUGAGGCACUAGACAAUGAGGCAAAAGAAAUAUUUCUUGAUAUUGCGUGUUUACUCAAUGGUAGAGAAAAAUCUACUGCAAUCUACAUGUGGGAUGCUUGUGAACAUUUCCCGGAAGAGAAACUUGAAGUCCUCAUCUUCACGUCUUUCAUUAAAAUUUUGGGUGACAAUAGGUUAUGGAUGCAUGACGAGGUCAGAGAUUUUGGAAGAAAAAUUGUCUGUGGAGGAACCAUUAUCGAUUCGGCCAAGGGUAGUAGGUUGUGGGCCAACAAGGAAGUCCUGGACGUGCUAAGGAGCAAAGAGGAAAAUGGAAAUGUUCGAGGUCUCAGGCUACAGUUUGAUGAAUUUCUGCGAGAAUGCUCUUUUCCAAAUGAAGAACUUGGAAGAUUGCCGAAUCUAAGGUUUCUUGAAUUGUCGGGGUUUCCCUUUGCAGUAAAGCUUGGCCUACCAAAAUUAAGAUGGCUUUCGUGGCAUUUUUGUCCUCCAGAUGUUGCAGCAACUAACCUACAUCUGGAAAAUUUAACGAUUCUUGACCUUUCACACAGUCGUAUCGUUGAUCAUCAGUUGGGUGAAUCGGGUCAACUUGGGAUGGCAAAGAAUCUGAAAGUCCUCAAUCUGACAAGUUGCAAAAGCAUAACCAAAACCCCCAUUUUCUCUGAGUGCAUGAUUUUGGAGAGGUUGAUUCUGGAAGAUUGUGAAAAUUUGGUUGAAAUUGACAGCUCCAUUGGGAAGUUAAAGCAGAUUGUGCACUUGAACCUCAAGGGAUGCAAUUCUCUUAAAGCAUUGCCUGACGAACUGGGUUCAGCUAAUGCUCUGACGGAGAUCGUCAUGAAAGGGAAUGGUCAGUCUUUCAACUUACAAGAAUCAAUUACCGGUCUUACAUCCUUGUUGGUUCUGGAAAUAGUUCACGUGAAAAUUGUCGAUCCCUUACGUAUUGGAAAGUCUGAGAGUCUUGAGAGCCUAAUCUUAUCUGAGUGCACUGGAAUCAAGGAACUUCCAGAAUCAUGUCAGUUUUUCCAGUCAUUGGUCAUGUUGGAUCUAUCAAGGAUGGACGUUACUAAAUUACCUGACUCCAUAGGAGAUAUGAAGAAGUUGAAAGUGAUAAAUAUGGAAUAUAGUUUAAUAUCUGAGUUGCCUAAAUCUAUUGGGAAGCUGGAAAAGCUUGAAGAGUUGCUAGCCAAACAUUGCGAAGGUUUGCAAGGAGAAAUUCCAAGUGAAAUUGGGACCUUAUCCUCCUUGACCAUCCUAGAUUUGUCCUUCACCAGAAUUUCAUCAUUGCCACCAACAUUGAGUAAGCUCUCCAAUCUCCAGACACUCAAUUUAGAAUUCUGCCAUGAGCUUAGAGAAUUGUCUGGGCUUCCGAAGAGUUUGGUCACUCUGCAUGUCAUGUCUAAGAAGCUAGAGGAGCUGCCGGAUUUUUCGGAGAUGAGUAGUUUGACUGAUCUGCAGUUAUUUUGCGCAGUUGAUAAGUUUCAAACUAACAUCGGGAAGUUAUCCAGAUUGGAGAAGUUGGAGUUGUACAUUCCAAGAAUAAAAACCCUCGAGUUUGGCGAUACGUCUCAGCUCAGAUCAUUUUCUUUAUGUUGCAGGGAAAUAGAAACUAUACACCAGUUGCCGUCAACUUUGUUGAGGUUGUCUGUGGCACAUCUCAAGGGAACUAUGAAAUUUCCAAGUAUCGGCAACUUGAAAAGAUUGGCAUUCUUAGAGUUCUGUAGCUGUUCAAUGGGCAGCGAUGAAUUUGGAAAUCUGGGAGUUGUGGAGUUAAAAUCAUUGGACCAUCUCUCUGCAAGCAAAUGCAACUUUAGCAGUAUCAGUGGACCUCCUCUGCCAGAAAGAUUGAAAGUGUUAUCCAUGAGGGAAUGCAAUUUUCUUGAUGGCUUACUUGAUCUGUCAAGUCUCAAGAGUUUAAUGAGCUUGGAGAUAAUGGAUUGCCAACUGUUGACUGAGAUUAGAGGUUUAGGAAAACUCGAGUCCGUGGAAGAAAUCAUUAUCUGCUACUGCAAUUCUUUGGAAACAUUGGGCGAUUUAUCUGAUUUGGAAAAGCUUGAAGCUCUCCACAUAGAUAGUUGCAAGAAGCUCGUUGAAGUUAGGGGUCUUGGAAGAGUAAAAUCUUUGAAGCGCUUGGAGAUUUAUGGUUGCAAGUGUUUGGAAAGUUCAGUGCAUGUAUCAAAUUCCAGGAGGAGAAAACGGGAUGUGCUUACAUAA